UUGGGCUGAGAAAAGUAAAAAAAGGUAAAUUUCAGUUCUGUACACAAAAACAUGCGGUUUCAUAAAAUUUAUCGCUGAUCCCAGAAAAGCCGGUGCAGGUUUUUGGCCAACACGAGCAACGGAGCAUCAUGAGUAACAGCGGUAAAAUGGAUCCUGGGUUCUGUCCCAACUGUGGUUCAAUAUUGCCACUCCUUCGAAUGGCUCGUGAUGUUAGCUGCUUUAGCUGCCAAAGCGAUUUCGAUGCUUCAGCAUUCGGGACCAUGGAAGUGGAGUACACGAUUCAUUUCAAUUCCUACGAGAAUAAGAAAUCCGAUCAAGCCGAACAGACGGCCGGCGAGGGAGCCGCUGAUGGUCCAAUCGUUAACCGGCAGUGUCCCAAGUGCGGCAACGAUCAGAUGUCCUACGCAACGUUACAGCUCCGUUCAGCAGAUGAAGGGCAAACUGUGUUUUUCACCUGCACCAAAUGCAAGUUUAAAAUGUCGGAGAACUCUUAAUAAAACAAAUAACUCGUUAACAGGA